UUGUGGCUGCUUGGAGCUGCUGUCCUUUUUUCGCCGGCCUGGCCCUUGGAUGAGCCAAAAAACGCGACUGCCCAAGCAGCCUGUGCUUACGAUAAAUAUGGAAACGUGAACGUGGGAGGAGAAAGGGCCGCGCGAGGAUAUUGUCGAGGACGAAACCAAGCGCGGAGACGCAAUUGCUGGCGCAUUUUUCGCGCUCAUCGUCGCCGUGUCGUGUGGCCGGCAGUGCAGUGGCUGCUGCGGCUGAGCUAAACAAUGCGCCGGCUGCUAGCACUGCUCGCGGCCGCCACUGCGAUCCAGUGGGACGCCGCCUGGCGCCGCAUCGUGCCUAAAGUAGAAACAACCUGGAGCGAAGCCUCAAUCAUGCGCAACGUCGCGCCCGAGGCUGUUGGAGCCGUCACGACGGCGACGCUCGACGCCCACGUUUUGAAUGGUGGCUUCCUCAGCGCGCGGCGCGGUGCACCAAGUGCCGAGUACGGCUGGGAGACGGAACCGUUCCAGAUGCGUUCAGGGACAUCAAAAGCGCUGGAAGGCCGCGGCACCUUGAUACUCAACGGCGUCGCGGAAACAAUUCCGGAGUGCGCGCGCUGCGCUUUGGCAGCUCUGGACGCCUUCGAAGCCCCAUGUUCACUAAAUUGCUACGCCACGGGCCCAGGUACAAAGGUGGCGGCGCCGCCGCACGCCGACGCCCAGGGCGUGCUGGUACUACAGACCUGUGGCAGUCAGCGCUGGCGCGUCUGGGACGGCCGGCCGUUUUAUGCCUCUGAGCUGAAUACAAAGUUGACGGCGGGCAAAGGGGCUCCAUUGACACUUGAAGAACCAUUUCUAGACGUCAUACUCAAGGAGGGCGACGCUCUCUACGCGCCGGCGGGCUGGCCUCAUGCCACGUCGACCCUAGAAGACACUUCCGUGCACCUGACGCUCGGGCUCGAUCAUGCUAUCUUCGGCUUGGAUAGGUUCUCUCUGGCGAGGGCGCUCGCGGCGCGCGACAGCGGCUCUAGAUUAGAAGUGGACGACGCCGUCGCGCUGCCGUUCUGGUCGCCCAUGAACGUCGGCGCCACUCUCCAAUACCUCGAGCGUAGCGACGCCGCCGCGCGCGACGUCGCCGUGGCCUUCGCGGCGCACGCGUAUCGCAUCGUCGAGGCCCAAGCGCGGCUCUACGAAUUCGAGGACGCGUCGCCGGAGGCAUGGCGUCAGCGGUGGCGGCGCUGGGCCGAUGAAUCGUGCCGUUAUGUCAUGGCGCACAACCAAUUCAUCGCGGGCGACGCCUUCGCGCUCGAGGACCCCGACCCUGAAAUGGCGGAACAGAACGACCUCUUUUCCCGGAGAGAGCUCGAGCAGCAGGGGUACUAA